AUGGGUUCGACGCAAUUCGGCAAUUUCCACGACUUUUGUCGCGAUUCGACAUUACCCGUCUGCAAUCUUUUCAAGGACAACCAGCCGCCUGGUAUUCACUACGGAGGAUGUAUUUUGGAGGGUAUUAGCCUCAGUGGAGAUCGGAAUCUUGCCAACCUAGGCUCGAUUAUCUUUGCUUUCAUCGCUAUCCUGGUCUCGAUUGCCCUGCUGUGGAGAUCGGACAGGAAGCAUGCCGCCGUCGGGCGUCGCGAGAUGCAAAUGUUCUUGCUGGGCUUUAUCGUGAUUGAGAUUUGUGAAAUCUUUACCGUCGGUGGUAUUCCACUUGACGAUAAUGUGCGAAAGGGCUUUUCGGCGGUCCACAUCGCGGCGAUCACCGCCACUUCUUGGAUCCUACUCAUGAACGCGCUUGUCGGCUUCCAGCUCAUUGACGACGGUACCCCAGCCUCAAUUGGUCUAAUUUCCGCGUCUGCUGUCGCUUUGUUCAUCGGUACUGGGUACAUCGCUCUCGACACCGCAUUCUCUUGGACCGGCCAUUUCGACUCCAGCCUAACGGGCAGCAACAACCGCAACAUCGGCCUCUACGUGUUGUACCAGCUAUUCCCGCUGGUUUGCCUGGUUCUGUUCUUCUUGCUCGAGACCGUCCUGGUGCUGCGGGUACUGGGCGAGUUUCGCCCAAUGCUCUACCUAGUUGGCGCCGGCCUGCUCUUCGCCAUUGGCCAGAUCUUCCAGUACGUGAUCAGCACACACCUGUGCCAGGCCACAUCUGGGAAAAUCAAUGGUGCUUUAUUCGAAACCCUUUUCACCUUGCUCUCCGUCAUGGGCGUCUGGGGCUUCUGGAGCAGUAUCACUGAAGAUGAUUGGCCCCUGCCCGUCGGUGGUGGCUACAACUAA